GACCCGAUCCAGCCUGAUGACCCGUUCAAGCCUGAUGACCCGGAGUUCGUGAUCCAGCCUGAUGACCUGAUCCAGCCUGGUGCCUCGGUGCCCGUGGUCCGGCCUGGUGCCUCGGUGCCCGUGGUCCGGCCUAGUGCCUCGGUGCCCUUGGUCCGGCCUGGUGACUCGGUGCCCGCUGUCGUGCCAGAUGACUUGGUGCCCGCUGUUGUGCCAGUUGACCCGGUGCCCGCUGUCGAGCUUGGUGACUCGGUGCCCGCUGUUCAGCCAGAUGACUCGGUGCCCGCUGUCGUGCCAGAUGACUCAGAGCCCGCUGUCGUGCCAGAUGACUCGGAGCCCACUGUCAUGCCAGUUGACCCGGUGCCCGCUGUCGUGCCAGUUGACUUGGUGCCCGCUGUCGAGCUUGGUGACUUGGUGCCCGCUGUUCUGCCAGUUGACUCGGUGCCCGCCGCUUGUGAAUUGGUGCUUGGUGACUGUCUGACCUCGGCUAGUCCUGACCACUUUCCCCUGCUCCUGGUACCUUGUUUGCACGUUUGCUACCGACCCGGCCUGCCU